UGCUACACGGCGGCGGAAAUGCGCUGAGUCCUUCCCGCGUAGAUCAGUUGUGUGAGGCGGGAAUUGCACGGACACGAGGCGACAUCCAAACCGUCCACGGUCGAACUCGCGCAAUAACUGCAUUGAUAAUAAGCUGUGCGUGGUCUCUAGUCUCUAGUCUCUACAACGAUAACCCGAUGAUCAGCUCGCGAUUCACGGCAUCAUCAACAUAGCCGUGUAGUUGGCUGCAUGAGGUGAAGAUACACAACAUCGACAUUGCAUCUUUAAUAUAACAUCAACUAUAGGAGUAAUAACAUCAGCUGAGGAUAUAGUGUGCAUUGCAGCAGAUUAACCAUCCAAGUAAAAGACCGAGUAACAUACGACCCCGCAAUGACUACAGACACCAAAUGCACCACAUCUGCCGAGGAACAGCCUGCUGUUUCCCAAAUAACAUCAGAAGAAGAUGGCGCCCAGCCCCCUCAGAAGGAGAGAGGCCCUAGUAUGAGGGUUAUCACAUGUUUCCUCGUCAUCCUUGCAUUGCCCCACUUCAUCCUCGGUGGUGUGAGUGCUGGGACAGGUAUCAUUCUCUUUGGACGGGCGGCAUCAACGUGGCUUGCCUAUACUGUGGCGCCUAUCUGGAGCGGUGGUUGCAUUGUUGUUUGUGGAGCAUUUGGAAUUGCAUCAGCGAAACACAAGACAGCAUAUUCGAUUCUGUGCUUCACCGCCGCCUCAGUCGUGGGUGUAAUCGUGUGUUGCAUCUGUAUUCAACUAUUACGGCUCGGCCUCGUAGAUCACACCACGGACGGGCAAACUUUCAUCAAGGAGACCAUGGAUACUACAGUGAUGGUUGCUUUGGCAUCCGCGGUCGUCUCCUGUGCGUUCAGCACUGUCUCUUCAAUUACCAGCAGCCUGAUUGCAUGGCAUCUCAAGAAGGAGGAGAAGAUUAGGGGACAACGAAGGGUUCUGAAUAAAGAAGAGAUGAUUGCCGAGAGGCAGAAACAGCUAAGACAGCAAAAGGAGCAAGAGAAAAAAGUACUUGACCGGAUGGAAAAGGAAAGAAAUCGAGCUGGACGGUACCACCGAAUAUGAAACAAGUCCUCCGAAAAAGGGUGGUGACUAAUUUUUAUUAAUGUUGCACAUUUCCCGAAUAUAAAAAAAACAUUUUAUACUUACACAAAAAGAUUUAUACAAAUUGCAAUACAAAUAUAAAUGGCUGAAAUUACUUAGGAAUUUUUCACUCGAACUGUAUGGACUGUAAUUAAUCGUUUUAUAAUACCGUGUUUAGCAAUGCAGAUUUCGAUGACCGCAGUUUGUAAAAAAAAAUUAUGGUGUAGUAUUUCAAUACUGUGUGUUGUUUUGUAGUAUUGGCUGUUUUGCAAGAAAGAGAACUGACGCACUGUAAUAGAAUAUACGAGCCUUUAUUACAAAUAGAUACCUUACGUAGAAACAAACUAUCAAUACACGUUACAAAUACGAAUUUCUUCAGAUGAAGAUAUUUUGUUAUUAUGAUUAGGCUAAUGUUUGACCUUUGUAAAUCCAUUGUUCUUGUGUGCGCAAGCUCAGAACAACGUAAACAAUCAUGUAAACAUAACCUGGGCCCAAUUUCAUGGCUCUGCUUACCGUAAGCACAGAAUCGGCGCUUACAGAAGCAGGGAAUUAUGUGCU